CGCGGGAUGCGCGGCGGGAGGAGCGCGCAGGGGGCGGAGUGCGGGCGGAAGUCCGCGUCUGCUGAAAGGAGAAAGGAAAGGGAGACGCGGCUGGGUGCGGCGAGGUGAGGCUGGGAACCGGCGGGAGGGCGCCUCCUCCUCCCCCGCCCUCUCUGCUGAGGAUGGAAGUGACGAAAGCAGCCGAGGAGGUCACUUCCUGCUGGGGUGGAUGAGGAGGAGCCGGAGACGCCGCGGAGGAGACCGGAGCGAAGACGGACCGUGCUGGGGAGAGCAGGAGGGCGAAAAUGAAAGCCGGCUGUAGCAUGGUGGAAAAGCCAGAAGGAGGUGGAGGGUAUCAGUUUCCUGACUGGGCCUACAAAACAGAGUCGUCCCCAGGCUCCCGGCAGAUCCAGCUGUGGCACUUCAUCCUGGAGCUCCUGCAGAAGGAAGAGUUCCGCCAUGUCAUCGCCUGGCAGCAGGGAGAGUACGGGGAAUUUGUCAUCAAGGAUCCAGAUGAGGUGGCCCGCCUCUGGGGCCGCAGGAAAUGCAAACCACAGAUGAAUUAUGACAAGCUGAGCCGGGCCCUCAGAUACUAUUACAACAAAAGGAUCCUUCAUAAAACAAAAGGGAAAAGAUUUACCUAUAAAUUUAACUUCAACAAGCUGGUGAUGCCCAACUACCCAUUCAUCAAUAUUCGGUCAAGUGGUGUGGUUCCUCAGAGUGCGCCACCAGUGCCCACAGCCUCUUCCCGGUUCCAUUUCCCACCUCUGGACACCCAUUCUCCAACCAGUGAUGUGCAGCCAGGGCGGUUCUCUGCUAGCUCCCUAACUGCUUCUGGCCAGGAGUCCAGUAAUGGUACUGAUAGAAAGGCCGAGCUUUCAGAGCUAGAGGAUGGCUCAGCUGCUGACUGGCGCCGAGGCGUGGAUCUCAUGUCUUCCAGGAAUGCCAUUAGUGGAGGAGGGAUUAGCCAUCAGAAACGCAAGCCUGACAUAAUGCUUCCUCUGUUUGCUAGGCCAGGGAUGUACCCUGACCCCCACAGUCCCUUUGCUGUCUCUCCAAUCCCUGGCCGUGGAGGUGUCCUUAAUGUCCCCAUUUCACCAGCUCUCUCCCUGACUCCCACCAUCUUCUCCUAUAGCCCAUCACCAGGCCUGAGCCCUUUCACCAGCAGCAGCUGUUUCUCCUUCAACCCUGAGGAAAUGAAACACUACCUUCAUUCUCAAGCUUGUUCUGUGUUCAACUACCAUCUGAGUCCUCGGACUUUUCCCCGUUACCCGGGGCUCAUGGUUCCGCCAUUGCAGUGCCAAAUGCAUCCUGAAGAGUCAACUCAGUUCUCCAUCAAGCUGCAGCCCCCACCAGUUGGGCGGAAGAACCGGGAGAGGGUUGAGAGCAGCGAGGAGUCAGCACCAGUUACUGCGCCCACCAUGGCUCCUAUUCCCCCAAGAAUCAAGGUGGAACCUGCCUCUGAAAAGGAUGCUGAGAGCCUCAGGCAGUCCACACGAGAGAAAGAGGAGCACGCUCCAGAAGAGGGCGCUUUGCCAAGCAGGACCAUUGAAGAGGAAAAAGGCACCAUCUUUGCCCGCCCCGCUGUACCACCCAUCUGGCCCUCUGUGCCUAUUAGCACCCCAAGUGAAGAACCUCUGGAGGUGACUGAAGACAGUGAGGACAGGCCUGGCAAAGAGCCCAGUGCACCUGAGAAGAAAGAAGAUGCCCUGAUGCCCCCCAAGCUUCGGUUGAAGCGGCGCUGGAAUGAUGACCCUGAAGCCCGAGAGCUGAGCAAAAGCGGCAAGUUCCUCUGGAAUGGGUCAGGACCCCAGGGCUUGGCAACAGCAGCUGCUGAUGCUUAGAACUGGAAGUGGAUUAGGAGCUGUUUAUACUAUAAUCAAAUACAUACAUGUAUUUAUGUAGCAAGAUUUCAGGGUAGGGGGGAGGGAGUUAAACUGGUUUGAUCAUUCUAGGGGCAUAGACUUGUAUUUUUAUGUUUUGGGGAUGGGAUGGGGUUAUCUUCUGUUGUAAAUUAGGUGGGAUAUGAACACACUUAUUUUCCUCGUGAGUAGGACACAGGGAGGGUAUUGAACUCAAAGGAGAGGAAGCCUCUAUUUCCUGUUGAGGCUUAUACUUUCUGACAAGGAAACUCUCAAAGGGCCAAGAUACUUUCUGGUCCCAUGAUAGUUCAGGUUCCAGACUGCUUUCUUUUCUAUUGUAUUUAUAUGUGGAAAGCCAUUAAUGAAUUUAUUUUGCUCCAAGAGAUAUACAUAAAAGGGGAAAGGGCAUGGUUGGGAGGUUGAGCAGUAAGAGACCAUUAAUACUAAGUAUUUUGCCUGAAAUGCUUCUCUAUAAUGACUGCAGGGGAGGAAUAAGAUAAUCUCAGACUUACUGGGGUAGGGCGUGGGGAAUGUUCGGAUGUUGCUCUUUUUUUUUCCCUUUUUUUUUUUUUUUUUUUUUUUUUUUUUUUUUUUUUUUUUUUUUUUUUUUUUUUUUUUUUUUUUUUUUUUUUUUUUUUUUUUUUUUUUUUUUUUUUUUUUUUUUUUAAAGAAAAUGUUUUCAGGAAACAUGAACAAACGUAUUGCCAAUUAUAGUGGGGCUGGGAAGGCACAGGAGCUGGCGACCUCUCAGCUGCAUAGUUGAGACACCAAGCCCUGCUGUUUCUCAGACUUUCACCUACUUCACCUAUUAAGAAGCCAUGAGGAGUUGUAAACUCUUGUUCAGGGAAGAAAAGAGGGCAGGAGGAAGUAACCCAAUGCCUUUAAAAACAAAGCAAAUUUUAAAAACUUCAUUUUUUUCUUUUCUAUUGUGGGUUUGGGCAGCCAAACCAAAGUGUGACUGUGAGCAGGUUCACUGAGAGUCAUGGCAACAUUGCUGAAGAGGUCUUUCCAUUAUGUCUGGUUCUCUUAUUUUCUUAAGUCAAGCCUUAACUAUGAACAUACUUUAAGAUGAUACGGGUCUGUCACCAUAAACCUGUAAAAGGGCAUGGACAGCUUUUCAGAUAAUCCAGGAAUGUUGAAACAUGGUUUGGUGUCUAGCUGACAUUUAGUGAUCCCUCUUGAUGAUGUUGGGAUGGGUAGCCAAAAGGCAGGAUUGUGGGAGUUAAGAGCCGAUGAUACCUGGAAACAUGGAAGGUAGCUGGGGGUACAAGUGGAUGUUUGCUGAGACUGAAGGAAGAGGUGGAAAGAAGACACAGAAGGCAACCAGAUGCCAAAAGGCCUGGCAUGAAUGAAAGAGUUGGCAUCCGUCCUGCUGUGAUGUUGCCAUUCUUGCCAUACCCAUUUGCCCAGAUUGUUCUGAUUCUCAUGUUCAAUUGGCUGUCCCACAUGAGACUCCAGUUUAUAGGCAGUGAGGAAGAGUUUCUUCCUGGGAAAUUCCUUCCAGCAACUUCAGAGGAAUGGGAAAGUAUUAAUCUUAUGUGAAGCAGAGGGGCCUGGACUAGGGGCAGAGAGAAAGAAGCAGCAGCCCACCUUCUGUGUGUGUGUACAUGUGCCUACGUAGUGUACAUUAGUACUUGACUGGCUCAGAGCUGCAUAGCAGCAGGGAUAGAAGAAAUCAUAUCUGAUGAGAGGAAGUGGGGCACAGGGAUGGUGUCUAGGAAUUAAAAACAUUCCUGACUCCACCUUAGCCUAAACAAACUUUGUAUACUUAAUAACAUUUGAGGGUUGUCUUUUAAUGGGGGUGUUUUUUCCUUUUUAAACUACAGUGCUUGCAUAAAAGAGGGAGGGACUCAGAAAAGGUUACAGCAGGUGAGGGAGACAGUAGAUGGCCUCGGAUGACUUGAGUCCAUCAUACUUUUGCCUGGCAAGUGUCCUCCCUCUUGACUCAAAUUCCAUGAGUGACCUGCCUUUCCCUAGGAACAGGGCUAGGAGGGUGGUCCCCAGCAACUCAGUCUGCAUAGGGCUCCCCAUUCAGGCUGUCUUUGGUGGUUGUGCUUUUGUAAGUUUCUUUCUCUGCACUUCGACUUACCUCUGAAUCAGAAAGCAAGCCCAGCAGGUGGAUGAGGGAUCUCUGCUUGGCAUUGCCCGAUCUAACCAGGGAGGCUGGCUGGCCACCCACUGUCCGCUAAUGGGGAGAGCCAGCAGGUGUUGGUAUGAACUCAGGAAUAGAAACAUGAGGCCUUUUUAAAAUAAGAGGGAGAAGAAUCCAUAAUGCAUACCUGUAACCCCCUAGAACCCAAGUGCCAGAAUUAAUUCCUAGAUGCUGCUUCUGUUUGAACAAAACGUCACUGCUUUUACACUUGAAAAAACACACUCGAAAAAUGUUCAACUCCAUGAAAAAUAUUUUUUGGCUUUAAGAAAUUGUCUGGUGUUUUACCUGUUUCCUUUGAUUGCCAUUCCACCAGUAAAUUGUUGGUUGAUUUGCACUGCACAUCGGGGUUGGGGUUGGGGGGGAGGGUCCUUAUACAGAGCCGAACUUAGGGUUGCUCAGGAAGUGGACCAGGGAAUGUGGAGGUCAUUGACAUUGCCUGGGACAAAAGAGUGGGAGAUAGUUUUUCUCCCCUCAGCCCAUUCCUGGCAGCACCUGUUACCAGCCUGGUACAAAGCCAGGUUUUUCUCUUCCGUGAGCAUCUCAUCACUGUCCAGCAGCAAGUGGGAAAAGGGGGACAAAAACCAGACCUAGGUUCUCUCCCCCAUUUUUUCCAAAUUUUGCUGUGCCAAAUAUUUAAAAUUUUGCAAAUAUAAAUCUAUUGAAAUUUCAUUAAUCAAGAGCUUCUUCAUGUAAACAGUUUGCUUUUUUAGCUAUAGAAAAAGAAAACAGUAAAUAUCUCUUAAGGGCAUCCAGCCUUGUUGAGCUCACCUUUUUUCCUGAAGAAUGGGUAGGAGUGAAAUAUUUAGUAUAAACAUUUCACCAAGUCCCUUCACCUUGAGUUUGAAGCUGCACCGCAUUAAACCCAAUUCACUCACACAGGGAAUGAUCACACCCUAGUCCUCUAUGGGCCAAGCAGCUUUCAGAAGCAUUAAAAAAAUAGUUGAAGUUUAUCACUUCUCACCAAAUGGGUAGACUCAGUUGGCUGUUUGUCCCUUGUUUUUUUAUUUAUUCCAUAAUUAUGUUUGUGCUUUUUAUUUUGUAAACAGUAAUGAAGCAUACAUUUGUAUUUUGUUUAGAAGACAACUUUGAUUCAAUCUUUCAAGAACUAUUCCAUUCUUGGUUUCUUCUUAGGCGGGAAAAAAAGUUACCAGUUAAUUUGUUUUGAGAUAUGUAGGCAUUCUUUGAGUUACAGAAUUGUGAUGCAGGGAUUUGUGAAUGAAACAUUUACAGGUGAAAGGUGACUUCACUAGUUACCUGCUUAACACAGAGUAAAGUGUGUAUAUGUACAUAAAGUGUAAGUAAUCUUAACUCCUUUGUGCAGUGCCUUUUAGAUGUUCCGCUUUCUAUAAAGUCUUCAAAUUUUUGCAUAUAUAUUAUAUAUAUGAUGUAAUGUUAUAGAAAUAUAUGUAUAAUAUACAUAUUUUUUCCAGGGGUAUCUGAUAGCUCUGUAUUUUGUUAUGGAAGUUGAAAGAAAAAAAAAGUAUUUUACCUCAGAAAUUAAAGUUAAAUAAAAAAAUACUUUUAAGUAA